UUAUAUCCCCUUCCGCCUUUUUCUUCUUCUUUGAUUUAAAAACCUUCGCUUCCUGAUUUUUCCUCUCACAUGCUCCUCAUCUCACCGCCAUGUCGUACACCGCCAAAUGUGGAAUAGUUGCCCUUCUUCUCUUCCUACUCUCUACACCGCCUUCCGCCGCCCAACCCACUACCCCAUACGGCGAGAAAUCCCCUCACGAGCGUUUCAGCCCCUCCUUGACCGUGAUCCUCGUCGUUUUGAUUGCUGCUUUGUUUUUCAUCUGUAUUUUCUAUAUUUACAUCCGGAACUGCUCCAACUACACCAACGGAAGCAGCGUCAACCCUGUUAAUGGAAGAACCGGCAGUUCUUUGCGUGGGAUGCGUGGACUUGAAGCGUCGGUGAUCAAGACUUUCCCAACCAUGGUUUACUCCGAAGUUAAGGUUCAUAAGGUUGGGAAAGGAGCUCUCGAGUGCGCGGUGUGUUUGAAUGAAUACGAAGACGAGGAACCGCUGCGUUUGAUCCCUAAAUGCGAUCAUGUUUUUCAUCCUGAAUGUAUCGACGCUUGGUUGGCUUCUCAUACUACUUGUCCCGUUUGUAGAGCUAAUCUCGCUCCUCAAACAGGUGAGCCUGCAGUGAGUGGACACACUGAGUUGAAUAACACCGAGAUAGACCUCGAGGCUCAAAACGUCCGAAGUGACUCGGAACCGGAAGAAGAAAGGAGGAUACACAAUAACAACAAUGUCAACAGUGACGUAGAAGCUCAAGUUGCUUCAGAGGUUGGAGUAAUUGGUCUGAUUCGAACUCUAACAUGGAACCGUACGCGUGGAUCAAUAUCGACCCGUACGGGUAAACCUCUCUUCACGCGAUCUCAUUCAACCGGCCACUCUAUGAUCCAGCCGGGUGAAAAUACUGAUCGAUUCACUCUACGAUUGCCGGCUGAUGUGCGAAAUCAGUUAAUAAAUCGGAAAUUAAACCGGGCAACCAGCUUGGUUCUGCAUAAAGAAAGUAGUCAGCGGCAAGGAUACCGAGCUUGGGAAGAUGAUGGAAGUAGUAGAGCCAAGUCUUUAACUCGGCUCAACAAGUCGGACCGAUGGUUUUUUUAUAUGUCACUACCAUUUUUUAAUCGAGCGUCUUCCGUAGAAUCACCAAAGGUGGUAUACAAUGGUGAAGGAACCUUAAGUUCUCCGGUUGGACCCGUGGCUGACUCAAGCCGUCCUCAGGUUUAAUGGUCCCCGCCCCCAAACAAUUUUAGUAGUAUGUACAAUGUCAAAUGCAAAGUAUUUUUAGCUGGAAAUUUUUAU